CGAAUUCCGGUCCCCCAGGUGGCCACUUCCGGUUAGCGCCGGUGUCGCCGCCGCCUGUCGCGACAGGGAGGUGACCCGGCCGUGUGGGGCUGUCGCGAUGAGGGCGGGGGCGGUGCUGCGGCUCUGCGCUCGCCCGGAGCCCCGGUACCGGCAGGGGCAGCAGCCGGCGCCUGGAAUCCGCGAGUAUUUCUAUUACGUGGAUCACCAGGGACAGCUUUUCCUGGACGACGCCAAAGUCAAGAACUUCAUCACCUGCUUCAAAGAUGUCGCCUUCCUGUCGUUCUUCUUCAAGCAGCUGCAGCGGAACCGCAGCGGGCGCUUCCAGGCGCGGUUCCCGUUCGUGUCGCGCUGCGGCCGCGAGCGGAAUUUCCUGCGCUGCGCCGACGUCCCGGUGGUCUUCACCCGGCUCCUGCCGGGAGCCCCCGGGAGCCCCCCCGGCCUCUCCUACUGCGGCUCGGGGCUGGCGGUGCCGUUCCAGCCGGGAAUGCUGGCGGUGCUCCCGGAGAACGGGCGGCUCUAUCACCCGGCGCCGGAGCGCGCCGGCGGCGUGGGCCUGGUGAGUUCGGCGCUGGCGGCCGAGUGGAGCUCCGGGUUUCGCUUCGGGGAUGGGCCCCACGAGCCGCCCACGGAAUUCCUGUGGGAAGGGAGGAGCUACCGGCUCAGCGGGGAAGUGUUGGGAAUUCUGAGGGCGGAAAAAUCGGGAUGGGAGCGGCGGGAGGAGGUUGAAUCCCAUUCAGAAUGAGGCGGAAUUCCC